AAUUAUAAAAAUAUUUUUGGCAAAAAAAUUAGUUGUUAAAUUUGUAAAAAUUUAGAAAUAAGACACAAAAUUGGUUAUAUACAGACGCACAGCAACAAAAAAAUUCCUUGGCAUUUUGUAGUAGAACGAAGUGAAAACACGGACAAGGAAAUUUUUGAUAAAGGAAGGAGAAAAGCAGAUCAAAGGAAUUUAACUUCGGAAAUUAUUAUUUAUUUGAUAAACAAUCACGAAAUAAUUAGCAAAAAAGGGGAAUAACCUGAUGAUAUAAAAACACCAGUUAUAUAUUCUCGAAUGUAUCAAAGAUUUAACGAAAACUAUCGACUAAACUGCAAACACCGGCGCGGCAGCCCAUUCAUUCAUUAUUCAUAUCUUCUUGCUCAAAAUAUGAAGUGAACGCCGAGCUAUUAAUCAUUUAAUUUAUACUUAAAAGAAAUUAGCAAAAAUCGAGGCGUUCAGCAGAGAGUGUCAAGUUUGUUUUCUUAGAUGAUUUAAAUCCGAAGAAUAUUAUAUACGAUUUGCCAUAAAAAUAAAGAUCGAGCUUUAGGAGGAAAAUGUCAGAUUUCGUAUCCCGUGACCGAAUAAGUAAUCUUUGGGAAGAAAUACUUAACAGACAUUGGAGAUAUUUGGAUGCAGAGGAAAAUGUAGAAAAACUGGAACAACGUAUUAAAAUCGAAGAUUGUUUUUAUAGUUUCCUAAAUAUUGUUGAGCCUGAUCGCAAAUUUUUUUUACCCGAAACUUCAACUGUGCUGAGAAAUUCGAUUCGUGAUCUUCCGAAAUUCUCUAUAGACAAAGCGCUCUCAGCAUUUGAAGCUAUUAGUCAGUAUGCAAAUAAUUUAUAUACAAAACCGUGGCGAAAAGAGUUCCGUAUUUUGAAGAUGUAUUCGGGAUUUUUUCAACAUGUAAUUCACUCAUGUCUCUUAGAUGUUGAAAAAUUAUUCGAAGCUAUGGGUUACAGUCGCGUUUCAGAUGAUUUGCUGAUUUUAGAUGGGCCAAUAUGUCCUGACCAAGUGGCAAAUGUUUCACGUGACGCUAUGGCUGCCUAUGUAGAGCUUCAGAUUCUUAAACAAAUCUUAGGAGGUCUUAAUGAUUUGGGGUUAAGUUGCAGCUGGUUAGAAAUUUAUCGCUAUCGCGAAAGUCAUGUGUGUAACGUCGCGGAGGCAAUUGAGAAUUUAUCUUAUUAUCGCAAUGAGGAUAAUUUGCCAGUUGAUAAUUACAGCUAUAUAAAACUAAAAAAAUCUUCCGCAAAGCCUUCACCAAUUGCUACACGACUGCGUAAUCGUGGAGGGGCUUUUGCGCCUCAUUUAGCAGGUGAUCCUAGGCGGGUUGGACCAAACAUCCAUAUUAAUUGUUAUCCCUAUCCUUGCAUUAACCAAAAUCCAGCCACAAUGUACAACAAUUUACCUUGUCGUCCGUCGCUGGACAUACAAAGCCCUCAUACGUCUCAUUAUAGCGAACCCAACGCCUUAGCUACUUUGCCUCAGCAUAAUUCACUCGUGAAUUCACUUGGCACUUGCCAAAGCGCCGUAUAUUAUCCAUAUCCGCCCUCUACAAGUUUCUACGAUUCGCCAUAUGAGUACUUGGGUUCGCCAGUCGACAACGGCUUUGCAUAUGCUACCGUAUCACAAGCCGGAUACAAUGGAUAUAAUGUUUCUGGCAAUCGUUAUCCUUUACCAUACAAUAUUUCCAAUCAGUUCGAUAAUUGUAAUGCGGUUGAGCCAAAUUACGCUACCAUAAGGGAGAAUCGUUCUCAUCCGCCAGCAUCAAAGGGACAUUACGAUUGUUCAAAUAACCCAACCGCCACAUGUUAUACUUCGGUAAAUUCCUCUGCUACAACACACAAUGGUCAUCACAUUAGUGCUAAUAAUUUACAACGUCAAAGUUCUUAUCCUCCAGAUCAGUUGAUUGAUUUUGAUGAAAAGAAUGAUCAAUUCAUUAAUAAGCAAAAUUACGCCCAUCAGACCAAUGAUGCCAUGUACGGUAAGGAUCGUGUGACUGAUAUUAGACGUUUGGCCUGCCGGGAUUUUCAAAUCGGUGAUGGUUACGUUCAAAAUAAUGCUGACUUUUCCUCUAUCAAUCAGCAAUGCGGUCAUGCUUUCCGUCAAGGAAAGUUACAGAACGAUGACACAUAUAUAUACGCUUUGCCAACACCGAAGGAGAAUCGCACCCCUAGGAACAACUUGACGGCCAAUGAUGCAAAUAAUCGUGAAGAUAGCUACCAAAUGAGAAAGAAUCCAAAGCAUGAGUGUUUUGAGUCAGAUUCUACUAUGAGAAGGCUUUCUCCACAUAGCGGCUCUACUUCAGAACGUGACAUGUCCGAUUUAUGCAGUGACUCAACUCGUGAUGAAGCUACUAACAAUGCUUGUGGCCAAGAAGGUGGAGACGAGAGAAAGCAUUCCUCUCCUACCCAGUUAUCCAAAAACCAGGACGGUUUUGGUUCUUUCGAAUCAUGGCAUAAUGUGUUUCAGAAUUUGCAACCAAAUGGUCAUUCGAGAGACGCUGGCGAUGGGGAUGAUAUGUUAAUGCAAAGUUUAGAUUUGGAUUCUCUUAAUUUGGCCAACGAUUCAUCGACUAAUACCGCCAGCACUGAAAGAAGGCGUUCUCAAUACAAUAGUAGCACCAAUGAAAGUAAACCCAUACGUUUAGCUAUACAAAACGGCGAUAAGGCGCGCACUCUAGAAAAGACCCAUAAAACUGCGGGCAAAAAACAGGAACCUGAAACAGCGUAUAAGUCAACAACUAACGACAAUAAAAAAAUUAAAUCUGCCUUAAAGCAACCAAAUAAACAAGAACAUCAGGCGAACAGUAAAAAUGGAAAGGUCACAACAACCACUUCAGCGGCGGCAAAUAAGAAAUCUAACAAAUCAUUUGCAGACAAUAAAAGUAACGAAUUGAAAAAGAAUGGGAACAAUAAUCAGGCAACAGCCAAUCAAAAUCGUAAACCAAUAAUAAUGGAGACGAAACAACAAACACCUUGUACCACUGCACCUAUAACGCAAGUAAUUGUUACCAGUCCACAAGAGUGGAAUUGUCCGUUUUGCACGUUUCUUAAUCUUAAUAGUGGAAAUAUUUGCGAAAUUUGUUUCAAAACUAAAGAUUUUCAUCAGGACGCCAACGUAGUGGCUCAUAAUGCACCAACUUGCGUUUAAAGAAAUAAAUAAAUUAAACCGAGUGAAAAUUAUUAUUUUUUUUUCUCUGAAAAUUGAAUUGUGUUACAAAUAAGUUGUGUCGCUGUAUCUAAUCUAACCUUAUGCUUCAUUUUUAUAUGUAUUUAAAAGUACCUGUGAAAGAAUUGCUUCACAAUUUUUUGAUUUCCCGCCAAAACUAUAUUAAACAUUAGUUAAAAUAGUGAAUAAAUGGUUUCUUGAGUAAUAAUUUAAGCGAGAAUGUGCCGCGCAAACAACGCACGUGCAUUUCCGAGCCCAACUGACUUACAUGAACAGUGAUCUGGGUAAAUAUAUCGUCAUUUUGAUUGUAGAAAUUUUCUUAAAAGAAAAAUUAAAAUAAAACAAAAGGACGCAGAUUUUUAAAACAAACAUACACGUAUACAAGUUAAUAAAGAAGGCGACAUGGAAAUUGUGUGAUAAACGACGAACGACGCCGAUUGGAAUCUAAUAACAACAUUUAAAUCACUUUAUAGGAAAGCAAAAGAAAAAAAAAAUGCGAGUACUUUCCUCCUAUAAAAGCAUCGGAUAAAUUACCUCUCAAACAAAUAAUUGUAUGUAAAAGAAAAUGAACUAACUAAUAUUGAUAUAUAAAUAUUUAUGUAUAAAAAAUGUUUGUGAAAAAGA